AUGGAGUCCCAAAUCGCAAGCAGUCACUCCUCCGACUUCGUCACAAUCGGGGACUACGUACUGAGUUCCAAACUCGGAGGCGGCCCGCUAUCAACAGUAUGGAAGGCCAAGCACAAAACAAGCGGCGAAAUGGCGGCACUGAAGCAGAUACAACUCUCGAAACUCACCCGGAACCUCAAGAACAGCUUGGACUGCGAGCUCAAUUUUCUGUCCUCUGUUAAUCAUCCCAACAUCAUUCGCCUUCUUGAUUUUUUCAAGGCUAAAGGUUGCGUAUUUCUAGUGUUGGAGUUUUGUGCUGGAGGCAAUCUAGCUUCUUACAUUCAGCUCCAUGGCAGAGUUCAAGAGUGGAUAGCUAAAAGAUUCAUGCGGCAGCUUGCAAGAGAUAAAAGUGGAUGA